AUGUUCUCCCCUUCGGUAGCAGGUGGCUCCAUCUGCAUUGGAUGCCAACUGCGCGCCGUUACCCGCCGAGCCACCCCCGCCAUCGCCGCCUCAGCGCAGGCUCGACCGCAAAGUCGGGUCCGGAGACGGCGAUUUGCCUCUGAGGCAACGGGGCGCCAGGAGGAGGAUCUGGUUGCGAUUCUGACCCAGCAAAGCCAUAACGAAAAGGCCCGUUCUCGCCGACCAAUUUCCUCCCGAAAGCAGUCGACCAAGACUCAGAAAGAGAACCUCGAUGAGACACCGAUCUACGAUGCAAAGCAGCCCUCUCAUGCGCCUGCGCGUGCGCCUGCGCGCCCGGACAGCCUUCCCGAGACUGAAUCACUGCAAGAUGGCGACGCUGAUGCAGGCACUGUUGGCGAUUCACUGUUCAUUCGGGAACGCACAGGCCACGAGUCCAAGCAACUGCCAAAGCCCAAAGCAAACGCAUAUCGGAAGGGCAAUACCUUACUUCGAGAAGAUAGGGCCAGGCUCUCGGUGGCCGCACUAGGGAAGGAAGCCGAGAUCAUUGUCUUGAGGGAAGGGGGCGAAUGGAAGCGGAGAAUCAUGAAAGAAGAAAUUGAGGCAGCUGACGAAGACUUGGGGAUUGAAGAGCACAUCGACCAAGAGGAGGGAUUGAGUUUGGACAUCGUCCUGGAAAAUAUUGACGAGUUGCGACCGCAACAUAGGAUAUUGCCAACAAACGAGUUCAAACGGGUACUUGAGGAUCUGAUGAAAGGCUUCACCGUUCCCCAGCUCCACGGUUAUGUUCAACGCCAUCGUCAGCGGUUGGCGGAUGGUGACGAGAGCCCAUUCUUCGGUGUCCUGCCUGAGCUGUUGAAGCCACAACCAUGGACGCUCGAGCAGACACAAUGGACACCAGAGACUCCGAAUGCCCUGCAAGACGUUGAUCCGCAACUGAGAGGCUACAUACUCAAGUCUAUGCGGCAUAAGCAGCGCCUGACGAUGCAGCUGAUGCGCGAGUGCUGGGGCAUCUCGGCGCAGGAGUUGAUGGAUGGCCCUGGUGUGCUGGAACUCCGCAUCAGGGAUCCGGAGUUCAAGCUCCUUACAUUGGGCGCUCAGCGUUGGCUGCAGAAUAUCUGCCGAGUUCACCUCGGUGACGGACCUGGAAGAUCGAUCCAGGUCGUUAGAUCCAAGAAGAUGAUCCGAAUCGUGGCUCCGAAAGGCGUUGCUGAGGUCUGCUUGUCAGCAAUUAACGAGACGCUACAAAAGAUGAAGACGAAGAGAUUCAAGCUGGAGAGCAACAUUAUGGAAAAAGUCAGCACCAGCAUGAUCGAGGACCUGAGCAAAGCCACCAACACCGCCGUGGAACUGAAUAAAGAUCAAAAAGAGCUCAUCGUUACCUGGAUCCACAUCAGAAGUGAGACUGAAUCUGCUUUGGAAGAUUCAGGCGAUGUCGUCUUCCGCCUCCUACAGGCGACGAAUGCCUCUGUUAGGACAGGCAAAACCCUGGCCAUCUACCCUAAUACGAAAGGCAAGGGCAGGUUGGUCGAUGCCAUCGGUGGCAAAGAGAAGCUGUCCUGGUCGGACAGGCAUCAGAGGUGGGCUCGGCUCUGUCUUCCCCUCAAUACAGAAGCACCACAAAUAGCCACCAGUUGGCCGUUGGACGAGAGCAUCAUAAAGUACAAAGUGCAGGCUACGCCAGAAGACCUCAUCCUACCCACGUCAACGCUCAAAGCCAAGCACGACGAAUUCUACAAAUCGCUGGCAGGGGUUCCAUUGACCUUUCCGAGGGCCCAGGAGAAAGUGGUUCAGCCAGCUCCUACCGAGCCAACGCCCUCAAGUUGGCUACCUUUUCGCGUCAGGACGAACGCAGUCUUUGGCCACAUCCUCCACCUAAAUGAUGACAGCGUUGCCCAAGAUCUUAACAGCAAAACUCCCGACAACGUCGACCCAUCGAGUUCUCCACGUGCUCUUCACCCUCUCAUCCCACCUCUUGCCGGCAUGCAACUCCCUGGUUGGGUCCCCUACAAAUCACCGCCAUCGAUGACCAGCCUCGUUCUCCUGCGUUUCAGCCCAUACUCAGAAAACCCCAGCCAGCCUCCCGACCCCCUCGCACCUCAUCUUGAGCUGCGUAUCAAGGCCACCGACGAGGAAAUCAUCGAGAUCGACUCCCUGCGUGCCAUCUCUCACACCCAUGUAUCCGACAUCCUGCUCCCCACAGAGCAAGUCGACAUCCGUGUGACUCAGAGACUGGUCGCCGAGCUCCCCCGCGAGAAGAUUUAUACAUUGGAGGCCAUGGCGCCCCUCGUGCGAUUCUUGGACGACGCCCGCCUCGAGGUGCACCGUGGCAAGCUCGUUACGCCGCCGCGCCUAGAGAACCUCGCACUGCCAAUGUGGAUGUUCUACCAGCCCGAGGACGACGCCGACAGCCCAUUCCUCUCGAAAACGCCGCGUAGGCGAGCUCCCGCAGAUCCCACCAAGGCAUCACGCCCUCGCUCCUCGAAGUCGAGGACGUCCAAAUCGAAGACCACCCUCGAACCUCUCCCUGCCUAUACCGAGGCCCACCGGUCUUCUACCUACAAUGCCCUCCGCCCCAUUUCCUACACCUUUUCCGGCCUAGAACUGCACCGCCCGGUCAACACAACCUUUAACGGCUGGUGCCUCAACUACACCUCCAUCGAGGCCGGACAGGGCGGCCGCCGGCGCGCCGAGCUGAGCCUCGACGCCGUCCCCAGCGGUGACAGGCAGCUGCGCCGUGAUGCGGACAGCAUAAACACGCAGCAGUACCUGCGGUCCAUCUAUACACUUGCAAGGGGACUGGAGGGAAAUCUGAUGCGCACAAAGGACGCCGGUAAGGAGGUCAGGACUACAAUCCGGUGGCUCGGUGCAAAGUAG